AGCUCUCGGCAUCGACGCAAAAUGUCAGGCUGGAACGUGAACGCCUCGUCGUUUGUGCCAAAUGCGAAUGCACGACCAUUCGUCCCUGGGCAACCAUACACGCCUCAACCAGAGCAGGCUGCUCCAGAACCAACAGAAGAUUGGGAAGCUCAAGCAGACACAUCCCCUGCUGCAGUUCAGCCAGAAGUUGCUGAACCAGUUGCAGUUCAAGAAUCUGCGCCUGUUGCACCCGUUUCCGCAACAGAGGCUCCGAAAAAAGAGCCAACCCCAGAAGAAGACCUUGUUGCUCCUCUCGCCAAGAAGUUUCAACGUACCGUAUACGUCGACGAUGGCACUCACAAAGAACACAUUAACAUGGUAUUUGUCGGGCACGUUGAUGCUGGAAAGUCCACCAUUGGAGGACAGCUUAUGUUCUUAACCGGAAUGGUUGACAAGCGGACACUGGAAAAAUACGAGAGAGAAGCCAAGGAAAAGGGUCGUGAAAGUUGGUAUCUUUCCUGGUGUAUGGAUACAAACGACGAAGAAAGAGAGAAGGGAAAGACUGUGGAGGUUGGACGUGCCUAUUUCGAAACCGAGAAGCGUCAUUUCACUAUCCUCGAUGCACCGGGCCACAAAUCUUUUGUGCCAAACAUGAUUGUUGGAGCCAAUCAAGCUGAUUUAGCUGUUCUGGUUAUCUCCGCACGUCGUGGAGAGUUUGAAACUGGAUUUGAUCGGGGAGGCCAAACUCGUGAACAUUCUAUGCUUGUCAAGACUGCAGGAGUUAAGCAUCUGGUCAUCCUCGUAAACAAGAUGGACGAUCCAACCGUUAAAUGGGAAGAGGAGCGUUUCAAGGAAAUCGAAGGAAAACUCACGCCGUUUCUUAGAAAGCUUGGGUUCAAUCCAAAGACUGAUAUCACUUAUGUUCCAUGUUCGGGGCUAACUGGAGCCUUCAUCAAGGAUAGACCGACGGGAUCCGAAGGAAACUGGUAUUCAGGUCCGUGUUUCAUCGAAUUUAUUGAUGUGCUUCUCCCAUCCUACAAACGUGAUUUCAAUGGACCUGUCCGGUGCACUGUUGCUGAAAAAUAUUCUGAAAUGGGAACUGUCAUUAUCGGAAAGAUGGAAUCGGGAUGUGUGCAAAAAGGAGAUACACUUGUUGUUAUGCCAAACAAACAGCCUGUUCAGGUGCUUCAGAUUUGGGCGGAUGAUGUGGAGACUGAACGUGUCGUCGCUGGAGAUAAUAUCAAAUUCAAGCUGAAGGGAAUUGAAGAAAACGAAUUGCAAGGAGGAUUCAUUAUUUGCUCACCAGAUUCUCUUGCUAAAACUGGCCGCGUUUUCGAUGCUGAAGUCCUUGUCCUCGAGCACAGAUCAAUUAUUGCAUCCGGAUAUUCAUGUGUAUUGCAUAUUCAAUCAGCUGUCGAAGAAGUCACUGUGAAGGGAGUCAUUGCCACAAUUGACAAGAAAACGGGCGAAAAGAAGCGUGCUAAGUUUGUGAAACAAGACGAGAAGUGCAUUAUGAGACUAGAAAGUCCUGAACCAUUCGUACUCGAGCCAUUCAAAGAGUAUCCAUACCUUGGAAGAUUCACCCUCAGAGAUGAAGGAAAAACAAUCGCUAUCGGAAAGGUCCUCAAAGUUGUCGAGUAAUUUCAUUGAUAAAUUAGUCAUUUCUAUUCUAAAAAUUGUUUUUUUUUCUGAUUUCAGCCGGUCCGUUUUCUGUCCCUCCCACAUGUCGCUUUUCACUAUUUUUCUUUUAGAUUCCACAUGUUUCCAUUGGGAAGAUUGUUGAAUCUAAUGUUACCAAUCCUAUUUCUAAUAGAAAUUACCUGAAUUCAUUUUCCCUUCCACUAUCCAUAAAGCAAAAUUCUAUUCGUAUUCCAUUUUCCCUUCAUAUAUUAUUCAGAAUUUAAAUCUUUGUUCAUUGUUUUCUCUAUUUAUUCGAUUAAUUUGAUUUGAUUCAUUCAAUAUUCAUAAUAUGAAUGGGGUGUUUGUUUU